GAGGCCAGCCCCGCCCCCUGUCUUCCACUCUCCAGUUCAGCGGAAGCUGCCGAGUUCGCCGCCGAGUUCUCCCCGGAGUCUUUACCUUGUAGACGCUGAGCGGUCGCGCAGCUGCGAUGCCGCGUGGAAGCCGAAGCCGGACCUCCCGCAUAGCCCCUCCGGCCAGCCGGGCACCUCAGAUGAGACCUGUGCCCAGGCCAGCGCCAGCAGCUCAGCCACCAGCAGCAGCUCCACCAUUUGCUGUUGGCUCACCUGCUCCGGCACCCCGGCAGCCAGGUCUGAUGGCCCAAAUGGCAACCACUGCAGCUGGUGUGGCUGUGGGCUCUGCUGUUGGCCACACAUUAGGUCAUGCCAUCACUGGGGGCUUCAGUGGAGGAAGUAAUGCUGAGCCCGCAAGGCCUGACAUCACUUACCAGGAGCCUCAGGGAACCCAGCCGGCAUACCAGCAGCAGCAGCAGCAGUUUGGCCCGUGCCACUAUGAGAUGAAACAAUUUUUGGAGUGUGCCCAGAACCAGGGUGACCUGAAACUUUGUGAGGGUUUCAGUGAGGUGCUGAAACAGUGCAAAUUUGCAAAUGGAUUAGCCUAAUGAAGUUCAAAUUGAAGAUACGGAAACUCAUCUCUCAUGACCAUGUUAAUUUAGUAUA